ACUACUCUUUGUUGAUGUCGCCACGGAUACGUAAAGACGAUUAUUUGUUAUUUUGAUAACAUUGUUGGGUAGACCCGCCCAGAAAUAGUGGGCGGCCUCCAAAUCAAGUUAUAUAACCGGUAGUCGACUGUUCAUCGUCCGGGCUCUCGUGAGUAGGUUACUUGAUCACAAUAAUUGUAUCGCUAUUGCCACGGACUAUCUCCGAGCUGUAACUGAAGAAAUAUGGCCAAGAGCAUGACUCUGCUUUGGGGCUCCGGUUCCCCUCCGUGCUGGCGAAUCAUGAUUGCUUUGGAAGAGAAAAACUUGCAAGGCUACAACCAAAAACUGUUGUCUUUUGCGAAAGGGGAACACAGAUCGCAAGAAGUGUUGGACAUUAAUCCCAGAGGGCAGCUGCCGGCUUUCAAACACGGAAACAAUACGUUGAAUGAAUCGUAUGCAGCAUGCAUGUACCUGGAGAGCCAGUUCAAGUCUCAGGGUCAUAAACUACUCCCAGACGGUGCAGCAGAACAGGCCCUGAUGUACCAGCGCAUGUUCGAGGGCCUCACUCUCCACCAGAAAUUAAGUGACGUUGUUUACUACAACCUCAAGGUCCCCGAGGCAGAGAGACUCGACUCUGCUGUGAAGAGGAACUUGGAGACUCUGGCCACUGAGCUGAAGCUGUGGGAGGGAUACAUGCUGAAGAUGGAGGCGGGAUCUUACCUGGCAGGAAAAGAGUUCUCAUUGGCUGAUAUCACAGUUUUUCCAGUCAUUGCCUAUGCUUUCCGCUUUGGGCUGUCUGCAGAGCGGUAUCCCAGGCUGGGUCAGUACAAUGACCUGAUGAAUGACAGACCCAGUGUUAAAGCCACUUGGCCUCCACACUGGCUGGAGAGCCCUGGGUCUGACACCCUCAAGGACCUCUAACACAAAAACGUUGUUUUUGUGCCACAUACACUGAAAGACAGGAAACUGGAAGGUUGUUUUUGUGCCACAUACACUGAAAGACAGGAAAACUCACUCACACACACACACACACACACACUCAUACACAAACCUUCAAGGAGCUCUGACACACUCACACACCACACCACACACACACUCAUACACACACCCUCAUACACAAACCUUCAAGGAGCUCUGACACACUCACACACCACACCACACCUACACACCACACACACACUCAUACACACACCCUCAUACACAAACCUUCAAGGAGCUCUGAGACACCAAUGCACUUAAAUAUACUUUUAUAUAACAGUAUAUCUACUGUCUCUUUACUAUGUUUGAAAAUGCUGUUUUAUAAUACUAAAUAAUAAAGUAAUUCCAUCAAGAAUAUGAA